CAAAUCAAAGGGAAGGAUUUGGAUUAAUUACCCUUUCAAGUCUCAAUGAUUCUCUCAGAGUCUCCUAAGAGUAAUCAUAAAACUACAAGCAUGGCAAGGAAAGGGCUGUCAACUCUCUUCUUUUCAUCCUCAAAAACACUUUCUUCUUCUAAUUCCUUUCCAAGCUCUUCUGUUCCUUCCUCUCCUGUUGUUCACAAGUUCACUGAAUCUAUGAUGGAAGAGAACAUUCAAAUUGCAGAGUUAAUCAUCAAGAAAUGGGACUCUGAAUCAUCAUCAGCUUCCCUAUUCCACCAGAGAAAAGAAGCAAAGGAGUUCCUCAGAUGUGUCAAAGAUCUCCGCCGAGCCAUGCACUUUCUGGUGUCUGAACAUUCAGCCUCUGAUAAGCUUGUUCUUGCUCAAACCCUCAUGCAAAUUGCCAUGAAAAGACUUGAAAAAGAAUUGUAUCAGAUUCUGUCUGCAAAUCGUGACCAACUUGAUCCAGAGUCUGUUUCAGGUCUAUCCUCAGAUGGCUCUAGCAAUUCUGAAGAUGAAGAUGAGGUUGAAUUUGAAGAAGAGAUUAAACUAGCUGGUGAAUCAAUCAGUAAGGUUGAGAGAGAAGCAACAAACGCCAUGUCUGAUCUCAAGUUAAUAGCUGAUUGCAUGAUAAUUUGUGGCUAUGGCAAAGAGUGUGUCAAAAUAUACAAGCUCAUCAGGAAAUCCAUAGUAGAUGAAGGACUCUAUCUUCUUGGAGUUGAAAAGUUCAGACCUUCCCAAAUUCAAAAAAUGAACUGGGAAGCUCUUGAGCAUCUGAUCAAGAACUGGCUCAAUGCAGUAAAGAUUGCAGUCAAAACACUGUUUACUGGAGAAAAAGCUCUCUGUGAUCAAGUUUUUUCUGCAUCUCAGACUAUCAGAGAAUCAUGCUUCACUGAUAUUACCAAGGAAGCUGCAAUAAAUCUGUUCAGAUUUCCUGAACUUGUAUCUAAGAGCAAGAAAACACCAGAAAGAAUUACCCUGCUAACGGAACUCUAUGAAGCUCUCUCCAAUCUUUGGCCAGAGAUUGAAUUCACAUUCAACUCUGAAUCAACUUCAGCAGUUAAACUGCAAGCUUCUUCAUCGCUGCAGCGACUUGGCGAAUCAGUUCGUGCUAUUCUAUCUGACUUUGAAUCAACAAUUCAAAAGGACUCGUCAAAAACCACUGUUCCCGGCGGCGGCAUUCACCCCCUGACUCGGACAGUGACUAAUUACAUAUCUAAGCUUGCAGAUUACGGUGGGGUUCUCUCUGAAAUCUUCGCAGACUCUUCACCAGCAUUGCCUGAAUCGUACUUCGAGAGUCCCCACUCUGCUGACGGCUCAAUCCCAGCAACCUCCGUCCUCCUGGCUCGGCUCAUUCUAGUUCUUCUCUGCAAGCUUGACACUAAAGCAGAAGCUUACAGAGAUGUGUCUUUGUCAUAUCUAUUCCUCGCAAACAAUCUUCAAUUUAUCAUCGAAAAGGUCUGCAACACAAACCUGAAGCUCCUGCUAGGCGAGGAUUGGAUCGUCAAGCAUGCGAAGAAGGUGAGACAAUAUGCAGCCAACUAUGCAGCAAUGGCUUGGAAUAAGGUGUUGUCGUCUUUGCCAACUUCUCCAGAACUAUCCCCAGAAGCAGCAAAGGAAUGUUUUCGCAGGUUUAAUGCAGCUUUUGAAGAAGCAUAUAAGAAACAGAUAUCAUGGAUUGUAGCAGAUGGAAAGUUAAGGGAUGCAUUGAAGGUAUACAUAGCUAAAAAACUUGUACCAGCUUACAGAGAAUUUUCUGAAAAGUGUGUAGUGAUUUUGAGUGGAGAGAAGAAUCUGGAAUUGCUGGUGAGGUUUAGUACAGAUGAUCUGGGGAAUUACCUGUCAGAUUUGUUUCAUGGAGUUGCAAUUUCAGACAGUUCCCCAUCAUCUUCAUCGCGUGGAUGUAUAAUCCGAUGAACUGAUAAUUCUAAUAAACGGUGAAUUAGAAUAAAAUUUUAAAAUUAUUCGUUAAUUUUUUUACUUAUUAUGUAAGAUUUUUUUUUUCAU